AUGAACUUCAGGCACUUUAAAAGAAGGUUCUUUAAGGUAUGGGACUUCCUCAUUCUAAGGAAGACAUCACUAGCUGGACUAGGAAUGAUCGUCUACCUCUCGACUAGAUUAGGAAAUAAUAUGGAAGAACUUGAGGAAAAUACUAAGCAACAUAAGAUAUUCGAUCCUGUUAAGGCCAAAGCACAAGUAGAUGUUUAUAAAGAAAUUUAUAAUCUCAUGGAUGAGGAGGAAAGCGAACUCAAGAGACUCCCAUCAGCUGUCUCUGAUAAAGAAAAACAGAAGAUCAAGGAUUACUUUAGCCAAGAGAAACUCAGUCAGAUUGAUAAAGAAGAGCUUGAAAGAGAGCUACAGAGACUUCAAGUAGAAAUUGAUAGUCUUGAAGAGGUCAAAAGUACCCACCAAGGCUUCAAGUUCUUGAGGACUACCACUUCUAAAGAUGUGUUCGAAGAUGCCCUAUAUGAUAAGAAAUUUGAUGAGAAAUUCAUGAAGGACAAACAGAACAUGAUUGGGGAUAAACCCAAGACUAUCUAAGUUUACGGUCAGCAAAAUUAGAUUUCAACUA